UAUAACGUGUGACUGGCCAAUGGUCUUUUUCUUGGCCUAGAAGGGCGCAGGGAGCUGAAGGUAACCGAGUGGCAGCGAUCGAGUCCCGGCGAAGUCUGUCGCGGAGUCACCGUGAAAAACACCAACAGCCACAAAAUGCCGAAUAAAACUAAAAAGGAAAAGGAGCCAACCAAAUCUGCCAAAAGUAGCACUAAAAACAGUAACGCCACUAGUGGGAAAGACACAGGAACUGAAAAUGCAGAUGAGGCGCAGCAGCAGCAAACUGCCAGCAAGCGUCCCAGCAACAGCACCCCACCACCCACUCAGCUCAACAAGAUCAAAUACUCUGGCGGUCCCCAGAUCGUCAAGAAGGAGCGUCGCCAGAGUUCGUCACGAUUCAACCUCGCCAAGAACAGAGAGCUGCAGAAGCUUCCUGCCCUCAAAGAUGCGCCCCUUAUUGACCGGGAGGAGCUGUUUGUGCAGAAGCUACGGCAGUGCUGCGUGCUCUUUGACUUUGUCACGGACCCUCUGAGCGACCUGAAGUACAAGGAGGUGAAGCGUGCCGGUCUGAAUGAGAUGGUGGAGUACAUCACGCACAACCGCGAUGUGGUCACCGAGUCCAUCUAUCCAGAGGGUGUCAUCAUGUUUUCAAUCAACUUGUUCAGGACCCUACCACCAUCCUCCAACCCCACGGGGGCUGAGUUUGACCCCGAGGAGGACGAGCCCACACUGGAGGCUGCCUGGCCACACCUACAGCUGGUGUAUGAAUUCUUCUUACGAUUCCUGGAGUCCCCUGAUUUCCAGCCUAAUGUCGCAAAAAAAUACAUUGACCAAAAGUUUGUACUGUCUCUCCUGGAGCUGUUUGACAGUGAAGACCCCAGGGAGCGGGACUUCCUGAAGACCAUCCUCCACAGGAUCUACGGCAAGUUCCUGGGCCUCCGGGCCUACAUCCGCAGACAGAUCAACAACAUAUUCUACAGGUUUAUAUAUGAAACGGAGCAUCACAAUGGAAUCGCAGAGCUCUUAGAAAUCUUAGGAAGCAUAAUCAACGGCUUUGCCCUGCCAUUGAAAGAGGAGCACAAAAUGUUCCUGAUCCGAGGGCUGCUGCCGCUUCACAAAGUGAAGUCACUCAGCGUCUACCACCCCCAGCUGGCAUAUUGCGUUGUGCAGUUCUUGGAAAAGGACAGCAGUCUAACUGAACCGGUGAUCAUGGGCCUGCUGAAGUUCUGGCCUAAGACCCACAGCCCCAAAGAGGUGAUGUUCCUCAACGAGCUGGAGGAGAUCCUGGACGUCAUCGAGCCCUCUGAGUUCGUCAAGAUCAUGGAGCCACUGUUCAGACAGCUGGCCAAGUGUGUGUCCAGUCCACACUUCCAGGUGGCAGAGAGGGCGCUGUACUACUGGAACAACGAGUACAUUAUGAGCCUGAUCAGCGACAAUGCAGCCAAGAUCCUCCCCAUCAUGUUCCCUGCUCUCUACAAGAACUCCAAGAGCCACUGGAACAAGACAAUCCAUGGGCUGAUCUACAACGCCCUGAAGCUCUUCAUGGAGAUGAACCAGAAGCUGUUUGAUGACUGCACCCAGCAGUACAAGGCUGAGAAACAGAAAGAGAAGUGCAAGCUGAAGGAGCGUGAGGAGGUCUGGCACAAGAUAGAGGAGCUGGCCAAGCAUAACCCGCAGGUUACCAACCUCCGACCUGGUCUCCACCCACAAGAAGAGUACAUGAUGUACAAUGAGAGUCCGGGAGGGGUGCCCUUGUACUCCAUGGAGACGGAGACGCCAACUGCUGAGGACAUUCAGCUGCUGAAGAAGACUGUCGAGACAGAGGCCACACAGGGGAUGAAGGACAUCAAGAAAGACAAGGUGAUGAUCCGGCGGAAGUCGGAGCUGCCGCAGGACGUGUACACUAUAAAAGCCCUGGAGCAGCACAAGAGAGCGGAGGAGUACCUGACGGCCAACGAGGAGGCCCUCUGACCAGGGAGCAGUGGCACCCCCUGCACCUAACACCCCCCCCGUGUCGCAUCCAACCAGUCACCUGCUUUUACGCCCCCUCUUCUCCUCCGCUUCUCCUCCCCCUCCACUCCUUCAUCUCUGCCGGAGACUCCUAUCUGCAGAAAACCAGGGCCAUCACAGAGACGGACAAGAACACACAUAUGCGCACAUAUAGGAACAUACAGACCUACAAUAGUUCCAGCUUGCACAAAAAUACACACAUACUUGACUACAGUGGGCCGAUCAUUAGGUUGCACGAGGACAACAAUAACACAACAGUAGUAUUAAGUGUAAGCAUCCGUGAAGCAUGUUUCUUUGUUUCCUUUUUGGAACCCAGCAUUACCUAUAGAGGGCAGUAGAUUGUGAUUGAUUCUCUUGCUAGCUAGCCUGGAGUGAGAGGGUGUGGGUAAUCUGAAUGGUUUGGUGGAUGAUGAGGCCAUGCUUUAGUCUAGCUGGAAGUCUAGUGAAAGUAGUGGUUCUGCUCUGUAAAAAACCCUAGCUGUCAGGUCAUGCCCAGGCAACAUAGUAAAUGUUGGGGAAACCUAGUCUGUGACACAAAGCUUACAAAACAACUUAGUGGUGCUGAGCUAUUAACCAAAAUGUUUUUUAAACAACUAAUUGACCGAUAUCGUUUCUAUUAUUUGAAUAACAUUUCUUUCAAAAAAAUGUCUGUAAGCUCAAUGCGCCGUUUUUCUAGAGAAAUCAGAUCAAGCCCAAACUGUACGAUAUAGUAGGGAGUUGUAGUUUCCAACAGGCCAAUAUUCUACAUAGUUUAGCGGGGAAAAUGUGGUAAUUACCUACAAUGACCAUAAUUCACUGAAAAUACGUAAUUGAUAGUUGGUAUUCAGCAGUCAUAAAAGUAUACCUUAUUUACUAUUGAAAUAUCAAUUUUGUCAGACAGCAUAGCUCUAUAGGGAUGAGAUUAUGACUUGGAAUGAAAUAAUCAAAUAAAACAAUUGUAAUAUACACAACUGAAAUAUUUUAUUAAAGUAAUGUGAAUAAAUGAUGGUUAAUAAGUGAUAAGCAGCACUGGGCAGUCAUUGCCAUCAUGGGACUUUUAUUAAUGAUUUUAUUCUGUGUUAAAGCUUUCAACCAACUAGUUCUGAGGAUUAGUGGUUUUUGAGGUCAGUUCGAUUAUUAAAAAGUAAUCACGGUUUUCAAUUUCGGUUUCGAUUAUUUAUUUAAAUAUAAAAUUCAUUAUGAAAUAAUGACAUUGCAAUGAUUUUCGAGCUUUUUGAUGGAAAUUCCGAACAUUAAAUUGCCAAAACAUUGAAAAUAUUCCAGUGUCUCUGUCAACUCCACAUUGGGUAGACAUCAAUAAAAAAUAGGACAUUUCUAUGAAAUAAUAAAAUAUUUUAGUUUUUAUUUGAUUUCUUUAUUAUUUUUAAUUCCUUAAAGUCAUCAUCUCAUCUCUGCUCAGGCAGUAGCAGUCAGCCAGCCAGGCCAUCUAACGCUAUCUAUGUGCUCCCCAUACUGUACUGUCUUCAGUCAUCCUAUUUAGCUAGCCUGCCUAAAGUAUGCUUCAGAGCUGACUGGCAAAAUAUAUAUUUUUUUUACUUGUUCUUCAAAGUAGAUAAGGCAUACUUUCACGAACUGUCUCUGUCCCUCUCAUUGUUUUGUUGUGUACAUUCCUCUCUCACGCAGUCUGUGUUUCUAACCUAACGUAGCAGGCUCAAAAGUGUAUCCUUCCAGAGAUCUGUAUAUAAUGACGAGAUGCUCAUGUCGCCACCCUAACAAUGUCAUUGUCCCAAAGGCGGGAAGGCAAGGGGACAAGCUUUGGUUCAAAAUAUUGGGCAGAUUUUGGCGACAGUGAAACCUUUCAUUCCGCCUCUUCCUCUCUGAUCCGUCUCUGUCCGAGCUGGAAAAAACAGGUGCAAUGGAUUAUGGUUAUUGUAGUUAAUUGCCAUGUUUCUGCAAUGAACUAGGUUGAACAUUUGCUUAAGGAAAACUACAACUCCCAUCAUCCCAGCGUCCCACAUAGUUCUUGACUUGAGUUCUCUCGUGAAUGAUUUGAUUUCCCACUAGUGAAACGGUGCAUUGGGCUCACAAAGAACGGUAAUUGAACUGAUGCCGGUCAAUUAGUUGUUUAAUAACCGGAGAAAAAAAAAAGAAAUGUUGGUUAAUCACUCAGCACAACAACCCACAUAAUGUAUAGAGCAUUUAAACCAUGAUUAUUUUUUCAUAACCAAACCGACCUCAAAAAGCACUAAUCGCUCAGCACUACAACUUAGGCAAGGCAAUUAAAUCAAAUGAGAGAGCACUAGGAAUCAAGAUGGCUGACUAUCUUAAUUGAAUUAUUUACUCUUCCAUGAGACUGUUUUGCUCACGUUUUAGUACUAUAAUUGUAUAUUUGUCACCUCUUUUUGCAUAGUAAAAUCAUGGCCUUACACCGUCUGUUGAAUUGCAUUCUCCCUGUUGAUUAGUCAUAUGCUAAUAACAUGAUUGUAAUCCUGAUGAUUGGUUUAUGUCAGAAUCCAUGAAAAAACAAUCACCUUAGUUCAGACCUAGCUGCUCACAUGAAUAGGUGUAGGUUUGUGUUUUUGUUUUGGUCUGUUUUUGACAGCGUUUUGUAGUUCACAAAACUGAUAUGGCUUUUCAUAUGUUAAUUCCUAGCCGGUCUUCUGAAAAGCACUCAAAGAUACAAAACCGUGAUAUAUUAGCAAUUGUCUGUACAAGAGAAUGAGUUGACAAAUGUCUCAACUUGUAAUAGAACUGUAAAAUGUUUCUUGUAUUUUUUAUAAUUAGAGGUGUAGCUCAAAAAACGAAUCAUGUCACUGUGUCAAAAAAAAAACUCAGAAAAUAAUUCUGUUAGAUAGAAUGUCAGGUUAAUAUUGUCCUCAAGUGGUUGGUCUUUAGGAAAAGCAACCAUAACCUGGUGCAGAAUUAGUCCAUCCUUUUCUCCGCUUUCUCAAAGAUAACCUCCUUGUUCUGUCUACAGACUCUUGACUGCCAUGAUUGUUAUCCCAACUCAUCCAUUCCUCCGUCAAAUUCAUGUUAAUGUGUUUAUUAAUGUUUCUGGCCCAAUGCUUAAUGUCGCCUCAGCCUCUAAUUAUUCCUCUCUAGCCUUCUUCUUGCCUUUAUUUUUUUAUUAGUUUUUUUGUGGAUUUAUACUGAACAAAAAUAUAAAUGGAACAUGCAACAAUUUCAAAGAUUUUACUGAAUUACAGUUCGUAUAAGGAAAUCAGUCAAUUGAAAUAAAUUCAUUAGGCCUGCUAAUCUAUGGAUUUCACAUGACUGGGAAUACAGAUAUGCAUCUAUUAGUCACAGAUACCUUUAAAAAAUGUAGGGGCGUGGAUCAGAAAACCAGUCAGUAUCGGUGUGACCACCAUUUUCCUCAUGCAGCGUGACACAUCUCCUUCCCAUAGAGUUGAUCAUGCUGUUGAUUUGUGGAAUGUUGCCCCACUCCUUUUUAGUGGCUGUGCAAAGUUGCUGGAUAUUGGCGGGAACUGGAACACGUUGUCGUACACAUCAAUCCAGAGCAUCCCAAACAUGCUCCAUGGGUGACAUUUUCAGGUGAUAAUGCAGGCCAUGGAAGAACUGGGACAUUUUCAGCUUCCAGGACUUGUGUACAGAUCCUUGUGACAUGGGGCUGGGCAUCAUCAUGCUGAAACUUGAGGUGAUGGCAGCGGUUGAAUGGCACGACAAUGAGCCUCACGAUCUAUUCACAGCAUCUCUGUGCAUUCAAAUUGCCAUCGAUAAAAUGCAAUUGUGUUCAUUGUCUGUAGCUUAUGCCUGCCCAUACCUUAACCCCACCGCUACCAUUGGGCACUCUGUUCACAACGUUGACAUCAGCAAACCGCUCACCCACACGAUGCCAUACACGUGGUCUGCGGUUGUGAGGCCGGUUGGACGUACUGCCAAAUUCUUUAAAAUGACAUUGGAGGCAGCUUAUGGUAGAGAAAUGAACAUUACAUUCUCUGGCAAUAGUUCUGGUGAACAUUCCUGCUGUCAGCAUGCCAAUUGCACGCUUCCUCAAAACUUGAGACAUCUGUGACAUUGUUAUGUGACAAAACUGCACAUUGUAGUGGCCUUUUAUUGUCCCCAGCACAAGGUGAACCUGUGUACUGGUCUUGCUAUUUAAUCAGCUUCUUGAUAUGCCACACCUUUCAGGUGGAUGUAUUAUCUUGGCAAAGGAGAAAUGCUCACUAACAGAGAUGUAAACAAAUUUAUGCACAAAAUUUGAGAGAAAUAAGCUUUUUGUUAGUAUGGAACAUUUCUGGGAAAGUGUAUUUCAGCUCAUGAAACAUGCGACCAACACUUUACACGUUGCAUUUAUAUUUCUGUUCAGUGUAUGUUUCUUGAAAAUGCUCCUCUGUUGAGUCGGCCUCAUUGUAGAAAGGUAAGGGUUGUUUCAGUUCAAGUGUAGGGAAUCUCUACAAAAUAUCCUAUUCCGUUUUCUCUUCCUCCAAACCGGCUUGAUUCAAUAGGUCUCUGUCGUAGAUUGUGUUCUAUUCUUUCUUUCAAGCACUCAAGCAAUAUUUUUUGGUUUAGGAAACAAACUCAUGCACUUUGUUUUGUGCACUUCCAUACACAAUUCAUCCUCCUUAAAGGACUAUCUACAGAUGAGAAAAGAUACUUGCUUCACUAAUCAGGCACAAUUAUUAUGUUGGAAAAAGGAAAGCCUGCGAUUACUGUUCCAAAUAUUUGUUUUACCGUAUAUUGUAAUGUAUAUUGCUUAGGGUUGCAACCCCUUGUCCUGUAGGUUUAUCCCAUUUACCACUCCCCCCCUCUUGUUUCUUACCACUUGCUGUAUGAUGUCAUUUCUUUGUAAGGGUCUCAUCUAUUGAUUGAGCUUCCUGUCAAUCACUCCAACAGUAGGGAACAACUCCCUCUAUGGCUGCUGGGCAAAGUGACUCGUCAUCUCACCCAGGCAAUCUCUUGAACUGCAUUGUUGGUUAAGAGCUUGUAAGUAAGCAUUUCACAGUAAAGUCUACACCUGUUGUAUUCCACGCAUGUGACAAAUAAAAUUGGAUUUGCUUAGUGAAAGGUUGGCUGCCAAUGUUUCCUCCCCCCCAUGACAGUAAUCAUGUUAGAGCAGUCUUAAUCCAAGCUAUCUGGAGCUGUUUAUUAUAUAAUCUCAAUUUCCUUACAUUUAAAUCCGUUUAUCCUUACACUUAAAUAUAUUUAUCUUGUACUGUGCUGUUAUCAAAGUAGCGAUAACCUCUACACUCACCCUGCGUGGAACAAAUCUCAUCGGCUCAGAUAGCAGAUGAGAUUUGGCAAAUCCAAAGACCCGUGCUCUAAAUUGUAUUUUUCUGGUGAGGUUUGAAAAAGUAAGCUGUGCAUGAGACAUUUCUAUUCAAACGCAGUAUAUUAUAUGUUGCUAUAUCAUUUAAAAUAUUAGUUCAUAACAAUACAAUGAAUGUAACUGUUCUCUUACCUGACUGAACAAGGCACAUGCAUUCCUACUGACCAUGCUUCCAAAAGGUAGCUGUUGAAACAUUCCAGACUCGCUAAGCGGUAGCAUUGUUACUGUACACUAAAUGCCAUUGCUGGGUGUCAAGUGAUGACAUGGAACUGUGCUUAGUUUGUCCAGCAGCCACACAAACUGAAGAUUACAUUUUGAAACAAAGGGUCUUGCUCCACUCCCUCCUGCACUCUGUCCAGUUCUGACACUAAUCUUAAAUUGCCUUCCUGGUCAUAUGUACAUAUGUUGUACUUUAAUUAGUUAGAGCAUUACAUAGUAUGAAAAUCAUUUUGUACAGAUGUUCAUGUAUGUACAGAACAAAAGAAAAAGGCAAAAAAAUAAAGUGGACAUGUUUGACAUCCA